GGUGUGCUGUGUCCCUCAGAUACAGCGGAUCACCGAACAACUUAAAGAAGCCGGAGAUGUUGGCUCGGUCAUGUGAUCAGCUGUGUCCAAUCACAGCUGAUCACAUGGCACUGAUGAUCAGUGUGCCCUGAAGAUUUGUGUAGCCCCAGCAGUGCCACCUGUCAGUGUCCAUCAAUGCCAGAUGUCAGUGCUCAUCCAUGCCACCUGCCAGUGCCCAUCAAUGCCACAUAUUAGUGCCUACCAGUGCACAUCAAUGCCACAUAUCAGUGCCCAUCUGAGCUGCCUUUCAGUGUCACCCAUCAGUGCCAGUCAGUGCCACCUAUCAAUGCCAGUCAGUGCCGCCUAUCAGUGCCAGUCAGUGUCGCCUAUUAGUGCCAGUCAGUGCCGCCUAUCAGUGUGCAUCAGUGCCACCUAUCAGUGCCCGAGUGCUGCCUAACAGUGCCAGUCAGUGCCGCCUAUCAGUGCCAUAUAUGAGUGCUGCCUUUCAGUGCCCAUCAGUG